AUGGCCAGCCAGAGGAUUGUUCGGCCCCCCGCCGAGUGCCAGUCCUGGUACAUCUCGCCCAGCGACAUCACCGGCCGCUCGGCCAACCCCAUCGGCCGUGGUGGCUUUGGCGAGGUCUUCACCGGCACAUACUUUGGCUCCCAGGUCGCCAUCAAGCAGCUCCUCGGCGCAUGCAGCAAGCGCGAACUCAUUGAUCACCGCGAUGAGAUCAACAUAUCGAGUCAGCUCAGCCAUCCACACAUCCUACCGCUGCUCGGCGCCUGCGACCAGGACGAGGGCGGCAACCCGAUUCCUCCAUUCAUGGUCUCGCCGUUCAUGCCCAACGGCACAGUGCGUGACUAUGUUGCCAACAACACUGUGCCACUCGAGGAGAAGCUCCGUCUGCUCUACCAAGUGGCUUCGGGGAUGGCAUAUCUUCACGGCCGCCGCAUCAUCCAUGGCGACCUCAAGGCCCUGAACAUCCUCCUGAAUGCCUCGUUUAGUGCUGUCAUCACCGACUUUGGCAUGUCCCGCACCAAGCACACUUCUGCCUCGAUGGACCGCAACCGAAACAGCAGGCCGACUGGCGGCACCGAAGGCUAUAUGGCUCCCGAGAUGCUCGACGAUGACCCCAGCGGAUCUACCAUGAAGACCGAUGUUUAUGCAUUUGCCAUCACCAUGUACGAGGUCCUCAACGAUGCCAAGCCUGUCUGGACGACAGAGGACGGACAAGCCAUGCGCGCUCGGGUGAUUGAACGCAUUUCCUGCAAGGGCAAGCGCCCCAAGCGGAUCAGCGCCAUUCCCGACGACGUCUGGGCGCUCAUCGAACGCUGCUGGGCCCACGACCCGACCCACCGCCCUGCCUUCCCUGAUAUCCUU